GCACCAAGCCAUGCUGAUGUUUGCUCGUCAGGUGCCCCAGUCCUGGAGCUGGGCACUUCAUCGUUCAAGGCCUUCUCCAAGAUGGUCAUUCUCUUUGGUCCACGGGAAACGCGCAGCUUCAACAGCCGCUGCGCUGGCAAAAGAACCUACACCUGAAGAAGAAGCUCCUUCAUAUCCAACUUAUGACCUCACGGACAACGACUUCAAGCGGCUCAAGUUUCAGAGAAACAUCGGUGUCUCUGCGCAUAUCGACUCGGGGAAGACUACGCUAACAGAGCGAAUUCUGUUUUACACUGGUCGAAUCCGCGAAAUUCAUGAGGUUCGAGGACGGGAUGCGGUUGGCGCAAAGAUGGACAGUAUGGAGCUGGAGAGGGAGAAAGGCAUUACUAUCCAGAGCGCAGCUACCUUUUGUGAUUGGGAGGCCAAAUCGCCUCUCAACGACGAGAAGCACAAAUACGCUAUUAACAUCAUUGAUACCCCAGGUCACGUCGAUUUCACUAUAGAAGUAGAACGCGCGUUACGAGUCUUGGACGGUGCUGUAUUGGUCUUGUGUGCUGUUGCUGGUGUACAGAGUCAAACUACGACGGUCGAUCGGCAAAUGAGACGGUAUAAUGUUCCUCGCAUUUCUUUCAUCAACAAAAUGGAUAGACCUGGCGCUAACCCCUGGCGUAUUGUGAAUCAAAUUCGUUCCAAGCUCAAGAUCCCUGCUGCUGCACUCCAAGUACCAAUUGGUGUUGAAGAUGAAUUUAAGGGUGUUGUCGAUCUAGUCCGUUGGAAAUCCAUUUACAACGAAGGCGAAAAAGGCGUAAACGUUGUAGAAUCGGAUGAAAUCCCGGAAUCCGUCCUCGAACUGGCCAAGGCGAAGCGCACCGAACUCAUCGAGCAGCUUGCAGAGGUUGAUGAUGAAAUUGGCGAACUUAUACUCAAUGACGAAGUGCCUACUCAUUCGCAGCUUGCGGAGGCUAUCAGGCGCUCCACGGUCGGGUUGAAGUUCUCUCCUGUCUUUCUCGGGUCUGCCAUCAAGAAUACCGGUGUACAGCCUUUGUUAGAUGGUGUUUGUGCUUAUCUACCGAAUCCAUCCGAGUCAGAGGUUAAUGCCCACGAUACCACUCAACCUACGUCCGCUCCGCCUGUACCUUUGGUCCCUGCUGCGGAAGCACCCCUGGUGGGCUUGGCUUUCAAGCUAGAGGAAGGUCGUUUCGGGCAGUUGACCUACAUGCGAGUCUAUCAGGGUACACUGAAGAAAGCCGGGCUGAUCUACAAUGCACGGACAGGCAAGAAGGUUAAGGUACCUCGCCUAGUUCGAAUGCACAGUAACGAAAUGGAGGACAUUGAAUCCGUUGGCCCCGGCGAAAUUUGUGCUAUCUUUGGUGUUGAAUGUUCUUCUGGUGAUACUUUUACGGAUGGUUCUACCAGCUUCUCCAUGACAUCUAUGUUUGUUCCUGAGCCCGUAAUUUCGCUCGCGAUCAAACCCGUCGGUAUAGAGACACCCAACUUCUCGCGUGCGCUCAAUCGGUUCCAGAAGGAAGACCCAACGUUCAGGGUUCAUAUCGAUCAUGAAAGCAAAGAGACCAUUAUAUCCGGAAUGGGUGAGCUCCAUUUGGAGAUCUACGUCGAGCGCAUGCGACGUGAAUACAAUGUUGCAUGCACGACUGGCAAGCCUCGCGUGGCAUUCCGUGAAACAAUUACUCAACGUGCGGACUUCUCGUACACUCAUAAGAAACAGUCAGGUGGUGCUGGUCAGUUUGCCCGUGUCAUUGGAUGGGUUGAGCCUAUGGAGUUUGAUGAAGAACUUGGGAGAGAUACUGCGUUCGAGAGUAUAGUUAUGGGUGGCAAUAUUCCUACGAACUUUAUUCCAGCCGUCGAAAAGGGUUUCUUCGAAGCUUUACUAAAGGGAUCUCUUUCUGGCAAUCCAAUCACGGGUUGUCGUCUUGUUUUGAAGGAUGGUGCUUUCCAUGCUGUCGACUCCUCUGAGCUGGCUUUCCGUUUGGCAACUAUUGGAGCUUUCCGCGAGGCCUUUUUGAAGACGAAGCCAGUCAUCCUCGAGCCUAUCAUGACCGUGGAGGUUGUUGCCCCUUCGGAAUUCCAAAGUGCUGUGAUUGGUGGGCUUAAUCAACGACGCGGGACCAUCAUGGACAGUGAAGUUCGAGAGGACGAGUUCACAUGUAUCGCUGAAGUGGCUUUGAAUGACAUGUUUGGAUACUCGAAUCAGCUUCGUGGAGCAACUCAGGGCAAAGGUGAAUUCAGCAUGGAAUACAAGAACCAUAUGCCUGUCUUGCCCAAUGUGCAAAAGGAAAUUGAGGAGGCUUAUCGCAAGACAUUACCUCAAGCUAAAAAAUAGAUCACACUUAAUAGCGUGCAUACAUAUAGACGCCUCUUUAGAUAUAUAUUGUAUUAAAUAGUAAACUUAAUACUGGAUUAUGCCUCACUCGCUCUCAAGGGAUCACAUCUCACGUACCGAGGUAAUAUGGGUAUGUUCUAAGCUGACGCCCCUAAGAUGAAUUACUGCGAGCUCGUAUUGCAAUUAUCGAUAAAUCUCUAGCUAGUCAUGUCACUGACGCAUUCCCAGGCACCGCGCAAAUUCUCUUUCCACAGCGUGACCUUCCCAUCGCCGCAGCUAACAGCCAGAAUAUUGCCAGCAAGGCUCCACGACACACGCCAGACGACGUCGGGGAAUUUGCCUGCAGCCGCUGGGCUGGGUGACGUGGCAGAAACUGACGCGGAAGACGGGUCGAGUGCGGU